AUGGAUGCUGCCAGGCACCAACUAAGCACCGACUCCACUGCCUUCAAUGACGUAGUUAAGUUGGCUAAUGUAGCCAAAAUCUUGAUCCGUAAAAUUCCAGGGAUUUCUGUUCUUGAUCUUUCAGCAUUCCCUGGCUUCUCAAACAUGGACCCUUUGCGUGUCACGAUUGGUGUCUGGCAGCUGGGCCUGUCGGGUUUCCAGGUGAAUGAAAUAUUGGACAAUGAUCUUGGGAUCAUCCCUGAACUCGUCAGCACAAACUCUAUGACUCUAGCGUUUAGCCAGGGAACAACUGGCGAGCAUGUUCAGAGACUCGUGUCUGGAUUGAAGCAUUUAUCGGAGAAAUUUUCAGCAGUAAAUUGUGGUAAUGCAGUUACUGGAAAAGCACGACCGUACGAUGUUCCUCUCAUGAGUUUGAAUCCUAGAGAGGCCUUCUUUGCUAGCAAGACGAGAAUGAAGUUUAAGGAUUGCAGUGGAGAAGUCUGUGGAGAGUCCCUUUGCCCUUACCCGCCAGGAAUUCCUGUUCUUGUACCUGGUGAAGUGAUUACUGAGAAAGCAUUGGAUUAUCUGCAGCAAAUAAAAGGCCAUGGUGGUUAUAUAGUUGGAGCUGCUGAUCCUCAACUUGACUACAUUGUUGUGUGCAAAACAAGCCACUAA